CUCCUCUAAACCGACGCGGCUAAUCUGUGCAGCUUCUCGGCCGUGCGAUCCGCGAAGGGUUAGCUUUAGAGCUCAGAAACCUUGCGCGUUCUCCGUCCGCGCGUCGAUUGAAAUCCGAAAAGCUGGUAAAACGACUCCAAAUGCAGUCAUCUCCACUCCUUCCCCAACUUCGUUUUCUCGCGUCACCUCUCUCUCUCUUCUUCUCUCUUAUAUAUCCUCUCCCUCUCCCUCUCCCCUCCCCUUCUCCCGCAACCCAGACCGGCAAACCAACACUAUGAUCGUGACCAAGGGCCGUCAACCUCUGGUCAUAGCCGCCUUGGCGGGCGUGGUCGUCUUCCUGCUCCUCCUCUCAAAGACCGCGGUACCUACCGCCAGCAGCAGUAGCGUGGCUCAGGGAAAGGUUGUUACCCAUGACGGCCACGUCUCCACCGACGCCAUCAGCGAUAUCCAAAACAGAACUCUUGGAUUCGGCGCGAUCCUCUUGCUAUCGCUUCCCACCAGAAGCGACAGACAGGACGCCAUGUCUCUGCUCGCCUCCGAGACAAACUUCACCAUCACAGACACAAUCCCGGGCGUUUUCUCAAAAGACGUCGACGAGAAGGCCUAUCCUCCCGGACCCGGCCGCGAGAAGAUGGCCACCGAGAGAUACUUCCCAUACCUUGGCAGCUGGAGAAGUCAUAUGAACCUCUUCCGUUACAUUGUCGAUAACAACAUCGAGUCCGCUCUUGUCCUCGAGGAUGAUGUCGACUGGGACUUCCACCUCAGAACACAGCUCUCCGCAUUCGCUGUCGGUCUCCGCCAGUCCCCUCUUAGACGCCCAUACACCGCUGAUGAGAUUGCCAACUACCCCUACGGUGCCGACUGGGAUAUGCUUCACUUCGCCGCGUCCAAGAUCCACACCGCUCCCGCCCCGCGUGACAAAGCGCGCACUGUCUACAACGAUCCCUUCCGGGCCCCCACCAGCGUCGUCAAAGACGCGUGCACAGAUCGGGGUUGGUUCUGCUUCAUAGAGUUGAUGAAGGACGCCGGCGUCGACGAAGGUAGACGCGCUAUCGUUCCUACUUUCGACACCGUCGGUCUUAGUGCCUUUGCUGUGUCGCUCAGAGGUGCCAAGCGUCUCCUUUACUACCUUUCGUACAAGGAGCUCGUCGAUACCCUCGAUCUUUCGAUUUCAGACGCUUUCCAGAAGGGCCAUCUUCGUGGAUGGACCGUUAUCCCUCCUAUUAUGGCUGAGUGGAAGACCAACGGAAUCGGCGACAGUGAUCUCAAGAUUUUCGACGACAAAUUCCCCAAGGGCCAGGGCAACUCCGUCGGAUCUAGCGCUGCUAUGCACUGGAGUAUGCGUGCGGGCAUCAAGAGCACCAUCGAGGGCGGCAGCUACUGGGAGGAAGAGGAGACAAGCUGGAAGAUGGCCUCCCAAGGUAUCAGCGGAGUCGCUGGUGCCUCCAGCCCUGCCAGCCUUGCCGCUCCGGCAGUCGCCGCCCCUGCGGCGGCCAAGCCAGUUGCCGCCGUCCCUGCUGCCAACCCCGGCAUUCCGGUUGCUGCGGUGCCUGCUGCUCCUGUUGUGGCCAAUGCUGCCGCUCCUGGAGAUGGCUUCUAAAUAUAAAGAUCAAUCUGAGAGCUGUAGUUUUUGGAGUGUCCUGGAUGUAUCAGCUUUCUGCAUGACAUUAUGACUGGUAGAGUUUUGUCACGUUGUCUAUGUUACUAGUUAUGCAUAACUUAAUACAAUAAUUGAAAUAAAUUUGAUAA